AUGCAUCAACCGCAGGAGCAGCAUCAACGACGAGAACAAGAGAGAAAAUCGGUGAAUUCAUCAGUUGCAAACAAGGCUCGACCUAAAUCAACGUUUUUAUCCUGGAUCCUCAGCAAUGGUGCCGCAGACAGUAAGAACUCUUCCCCUUCAAAAAAUCAAAGCGCCAAUAUACCGGACAGACAUAAAGAUUGCAGAACCUCUGCAGAGAACCACAGCCUUAGCAUGAAAAGCAAGUAUUUAAAUGCUAAACUGGAGAUAACAGAUGAUACAAAUGAGGCCAAGUCAUAUGCAGAUACAGAAAACAUAUAUAAACGAAACAAUAAUAUUAGUGUCACUCGAACAGAUAAAUCUGCUGCCAUGAUUACCUCUUGUGUUCCAGAACUGAAUGCUGGCUAUCAUCGACAACAACAAGUUCAGAUACCAGAUCGUCGUCAAAGUCAUCUAUAUACUUUAUACUUGAACAAGGAGGAUCAAGAAGGAGAAAGCGAAGAAGCAACUACAUUGAUCGAUUACAGGCAUAAAUCAUUUUAUCAAAGCCAGCUCUCUCCUGCAAUCAAUGUGAUAGAUGUUACAUCUAGUAGUUCUACAACGCUGACGAGAUCUGCCACUUGGCAACCGUCUUCAUCUACAUCUCAGGUGCCACCAUCAAAUCAAUAUCUAUCGCCACAUCCAUCGCCUCCUCCCGUACCGCCACAUGCCUUCAUUGUAUCUCCUUCUCAUCCAACUGCUCAAGGAACAGCAGAAAAUAUGAUACCAGCCAGAAGAACGAGCAGAAAUUAUAGCGAGGAUCCCGAAAUUCAAGCUAAACUGGAUGCUCUUCUUCAAAGUGAAAAAGCAACCUACCUGUCUCAUAUGAUUCAAAACAAUAAUCUAAGCAACACGAACAUGUACCGCCGAUCAACUACACCUAAAGGCCGGAACUUAUGA